CAUCACAUUCAAAUGUUCAUUUCAAUUCAACCAACACCCUCUUCUCUCUCUCUCUCUAACACUUCUCCACUGAUCUCAGCACCUACAACAAUAACAACAAGCAAGCAAGGUCUUUAUAAUUUAUGGUAGCGUGAACCUGAAGUUUGGAAUUUUAGUUCUCUUGCCGGAGUGAGAUCCAUUACACAAUCAUUGCUACAACCGCAUCACUUCCUAAGUUACCUAAACAGUUUCUUGAAAUGGGGAAGAAACAACUGCAAGAGCUCAAAGAUAACAACAAUAUUCACAAAGAGACUGCAAGAGUUGAAGCUGUUCUUCAACUCAUCAGAAAACAAACCCCUCUCACUGUCAAACAGGAGAAGUUCUGCAACUAUGCUUGUGUGAAGCGGUUUCUCAAAGCCAAAGGAGAUAAUGUGAAGAAAGCUGCUAAACAACUAAGAACUUGCCUUUCAUGGAGAGAGACUAUCGUAAAUGAUCAUUUGAUAGCGGAUGAUUUCUCAGCUGAACUAGCUGAUGGGUUGGCCUAUGUAGCUGGUCAUGACGAUGAAUCCAGACCCGUUUUGAUUUUCCGGAUGAAGCAAGACUACCAGAAGUUACAUUCACAGAAACUGCUCACUCGUUUGCUAGCAUUCACAAUGGAAGUGGCUAUUUCAACCAUGCCAAAAAAUGUUGAACAAUUUGUCCUGCUUUUUGACGCUAGCUUUUACAGGUCAGCAUCUGCUUUUAUGAACUUGUUGCUGGCAGCGCUGAAAAUUGUGGCUGAAUACUACCCAGGUCGGCUAUGCAAAGCAUUUGUAAUAGACCCUCCCUCACUUUUUUCUUACUUGUGGAAGGGUGUUAGGCCAUUCGUUGAGCUAUCAUCAUGCACGACGGUGGUAUCAUCGUUGGAUUUCGAAGAAUCACUACACUUCAACGACUUCACAUCCUACCCACGAGCCUCAUCCCUCCGAUUCGACCCUUCCACGGUGAAAUCAACGGCCAAGAUCGGCUCCUGCUCCUCCUCACGCUUCGCCUUCACAGUCUCCCACCAGCUGGACUCUCUCAAACCAUGGUACCUCAGCCUCUCCGACACCUCAGGAUCCAAGGUGGGCCCCACGACCCCCUCUCCGGCGCUCAUCUCACCGCUCAACGCCCGCUCCUUCUCCUUCGCGUCUCCGGUGGCGCGAAACCCGCUCGGCCCUCCAGCCUCCCGGAAAGGCCUCUUCCCCACCACCCCGCUGCCGCAACGCGUCACGGCGCCUCACAAGACUUCCUUCCUCCAGUCCCCAGCUACAUUCUUCCGGCGCGAAAGCGUCGGAGGAGGAAAAACAGAGAGGUGCCGGGAAUCAUUCUCGCCGUACGUCAAAUUCUACCGAAGGCCGUACAACGAGAUGAUUUACCGGUCAAAGAUGAGGCCACCACUCGGCGGCCUCAUCUCCAUCGUCUCCCCACACAUUAGAAGACGCCACAUUUCAGUUUCUCAGCGUUACUAAAUUCUCAAAUACCAUUGUUGUUAUAUUUUUUGUUUUCUAUAAAUCUCUAUCUUGCUAAUUUACUUGUUUUUCAUUCUCAGUACAUAAAUUAUAUAUUCCAAUGAAAUUUGAAUGAAUUAACUAGACAUUAAUUCGUUACAUUA